AUGUUUAAAUCUCCCUUGACGUCUUCUAUUGACGAAGCUCCAAACAAAUGUCCCCUAGAGUGCCCAGAAAAUGGCUUUCAUGGAAUACAUCUUUUAACACAGCAACAAGAAAAGGAUUCAUCAGCAAAAAAUGUGAAAUUGCGAACUAUUUUACUGUUGGGUGCCCUCUUGCCGGGUAUCGGCUGUUAUUUCUGUGCUGCAUGGGCCUAUGUCUUCCAGCUGAAUACCGUCCGGGACUUUGCUAUGAAUACCUGUGCACGUUGGCUUCCCCCAGUAUCCUAUAUUGGUCAUUGGGAACCACAGAAAUACAUGUGGAUGUUCGUCGUUACCAUUCACUUUCCAGCCAAACUUCUCUUAAUUGUGUUGUAUCGACGGUUGUUUCUUGAUGAUUCUCGUCAAUCGUAUCAGCGUCUUGCUAAAUGUUAUUUGGUGACACUUUGGAUGGAACCGAUCGGGUUGAUUUCUGUCUCCAUUCUCGAUUUGACGCUGGUUGAGUGGCACGCCCUAGCAUCGGCUCUUUGGGUGAUUUCAUUCAACCUCAACAUGCUCUUCAACGUUAUCCUGCAUCGUUUUAGCCAAACGCGGUUCAAGAAUAAAAUACAUGAGAUCACUUGGUGCAUCAAAUCACUCCUCCUCCUGACUGGGUUUGCUCUUUCUUUCUUCAUGACUGUCGCUUGGGUUCUCGCAAUGAACAGUUGCAAUACGUUUGUGUAUUAUGCUUUCUCAAUAACCGAGUAUCUGCUCAUCGGUUGCAAUUCUGCCUUCUAUUCCGUGGUUUAUUGGGAGUUCUCUGAAGUAAAGGUAUCGAUCGGUCUGAAGCAGCUGCACGAUGGAAAAGAUGUGGUAGAGACAGUUCACGAAAUGAAAAACUUUCGGGAAAUU